AUGCGCCUUCGAGUCGCGCUUUCCAGCCUACCGAUCUUCCGCAUUCGAGUCCCCACCAUGGCUGACGUCAUAAGGGGGCUCAGCAGACCGCUCGGCGCGCAGCAGCAAGCAGCGGCACUCGCGCCGGCACGCGCGGCUCCAUCGGCCGCCCCUACGCGGACCGCUCAGUCGCUGUCAUUUCCCACUGGCCUCGCCUUGCCUCUCCUUGCUCGAGCCGCUCUCCCGUUAGCGUCGCGACUCUCCUUUGCUGCUGCCCCCGCCGCCAUCACCCCCGCCGGCUGCUUUCCCCGCUGCCGAUCCGCCCCUCACGCGCGCACAGGCUUUAUCCGCGACCCUUCGUUUCCCGCGGAGUGCUCCAGGCGGCGCACACGUGCUUUGCUCUCCGCGUUCCGCCCGCGCGGAGAAUGCCGCGCGCAGGCGCACGAUAGCGCGGCUUCUAUGCCGACUCCAGAGAGUUCCGCGGCAGCUCCCGCGGGGGAAGGCUCCGCGGAGCGCAGGGAUGGCGGAGCGGCGGAAGCGGCGGACGGCGCGGGGAGCGCGCAAGGGGAGCCGUUUUUGGUGCUCAACUUUUACCACUUUGCUGACGUGGAGGAUGCCCAUGGUGACGUGGAGCGGCACCGUGCGUUCCUACAGGAGCGGGACAUCCGAGGCCGGAUAUACAUCAGCCACCAGGGCAUCAACGCUCAGCUCAGCGGGCCGGCCUCACACGUGAUGGAGUAUGCCAAGUGGGUGCGCAGCGACCAGCGCUUCGCCGGGGUGCCGCUGCAGCUGUCACCCUCCCCCAUGGGCCACGCCUUCCCGCGCCUCCGCCUGCGCUACAAGCCCGCCCUCGUGCAGGUGGCAGGAGGCAUGGAGCAGCUGUCUGCAGACCUGUGUGCCGCCACGCCCCUGUCGCCCGCUGAAUGGCGCAGCAAGAUCGACCAGAUGCAGCGGGGGGAGGGUGAGGGGGGUGGGGAGGCGGACAGGGAAAGGCGGCAAGGGGAGGACAAUAAGGGGCGUGGGGAGGAGGCAGUUGCGCGCACCAAGAAGAUAAUGCUGCUGGACGUGCGCAAUGGUGGGUGCUUUGUGUUUAGGCAUGCUGGAUGUGCCGUGCGCAAUGGCAUAAAGAGAGGCGUUUGUUCCCUCGACAUUUAUUCUCUCGCCUCCUAUUCUAGCUAUCUCCUUUCCCAAGCCACCAUGGCUUCCACUCCUACAGCAACCACUUCUCGUACGCCACCCUCAGAGUCUCGUGGUAGUUCCGCUGGUGGGACCUCUUCUAGUACGUCUUUGGUCUGCAUGGACAGCAAGCACACAGUCUACCGUCACUUCAAGGUGCCGGCCAAUAGCGUUGGCGAGAACGACACCAAGGUGUGUGCCUACUGCAACUUCACGUUUGUUGGCGGGGUUCACCGUUGCGCGCAGCAUAUCACCAGCUGGAACGGCAUGCGCCGUCGCGAAGUGCAUCUCUGCACUGCAGCGUUGAAGACUGCACGUGACGCCGUGAAGGCGCUUUACGAGUCCAAGUUGAAGGCCCGUGAAGCGAAGCGUGUGGCUGAAAUUGCGGCGGUCGGCGCAGUCAACGGCAGAGGUUCGGACAAGAAGAAGAGUCGGAUGACCGACUUCUACGGCGACGACGCCGCGUGCGCGAACCAAGCUGCGGACGAGGCCAUAAGCCUCUUCUUUGCCGCUCUUCAUGUGCCGGAGCAUCACGCGGACCACCCACUGUGGCGGAAUGUGGUCUCCAGCAUCCAGCGCGCGGGGCCGAAUUACGUCGCGCCGAAGAGAUGCUACAUCGGUGGCGCCGGUCAUGCAAAGUGUCGCCCGCGCAUUGAGGCGGCGCUCGCUCCUAUCUCAGCAAGCUGGCGCCGUGACGGUGUCACCGUGGCAAGCGACAUGUUCUCCGACAAGGCCGGUCGCCCGCAAGCCAACGUGCUCCUCAUCAACGAUAGCGGUGCAGUGUUUGUGGAGUCGAUCGACACGAAGAUGGAGAUGAAGACCGGGGGCUACAUCGCGUGCAUCUUGCGGCCCAUCAUCGAAAAGGUCGGCCCCGAGAAUGUCGUCGCCUUGUGUUUUGACGGCGGCUCCAACUACGCGGCGGCAUGCAGGGUGUUGAUGCGCGAGUAUCCCCACAUUGAACACAUCCCUUGCGCGACCCAUGUCCUCGAUCUCCUGAUGGAGGACAUCGGGAAAAAGGGAUGGGCGAAGGACAUCGUCACGCACGGGGACACCCUCAUCUCGUUCGUCCGCAACCAUCACUUCACCCGGGGAUACAUGCGGAGUCCGCUCGUGAACGGCGGCAAGGGGAAACAGGUUCUCAAGCCCGCGGGAACCCGAUUCGGCACCAACUACAUCGCCAUCAACCGCCUCUGUGAAGUGCGCGCCAGCCUGACGCAGAUGGUCCUCAGCGAUGAGUGGGUCGAGUGGACUGCGGCUGCAGACAGGGCUGGGGCAGACACAUUCAAAGACAACAUCCUCGAUGCCACGUGGUGGACGCGCGCCGAGUUCUUCGCUAAGCUGAUGAGGCUGCCAUUCGUCGUCAUGCGCAAGACUGACUCGGAUUCGAAGGGCAUGAUGGGUCGUCUCUACGACCUCAUGCUCCAGCUCACCGAGGACAUCCGCGACUUCCUCGACGAGCAUGCGGAAGGGGUCCUGACAAGCGACGAGGUGGGGGAUAUUCGGGAGAUCGUGCAGGACCGCUGGGACAACGGGCUGGCGUGCAACCUGCACGUGAUUGGCCGCAUCCUCUACCCCACCAACCAGGAAGAGUGCAUUUUCCGCACCGACCUGGAGUGCACGAGGGUCUUCAAGCAGUACGUCUCCAAGCACCAUGGUGACAAGACGGUCACCAGGAAGGAUGGGGUCGAGCGCCGCGCCUCUCUCGUCAUCCAGGAAGGCCUUAAUGCCUUCCUGAACCUCCAAGGCAGCUUCGGCAUGCUCGACGCUAUUGCCGACCGCCAGGCAGUGAAGGAGGGCAAGAUGACGGCGGUGGACCGGUGGUCAUGGCACGGGACCGAUCAUCCUGAGCUCACCACCAUGGCUUGCCGCGCCAUCACGCAGCCGGUGUCCGCGUCUCCAUGUGAGCGUAACUGGGCGAAGUUUGAUGCAGUGCAUACGGCAAGGAUGAACCGCCUCGGCGCGGUGAAGCUUCGUGACCUGGUGUAUGUGACGCACAAUUGGCAGGUGGUGCACAACUGGCACAAGGCCCCUGAAGGGCUGGGGGUGGUGAAGGGAAACAUCGAGGACCCCCCCACUCCGGCUGGCUUUAACGCUACGAGUGGGACGUGGGCCAUUUUGCCGGGGCUGUGCGCCCUUUUGAGUCGACUCAAAAGCUACGAGUGGGACGUGGGCCAUUUUGCCGGGGCUGUGCGCCCUCCGGUUGACAACUUCCGAUCCACUGAGUUCGGCCUGCAGGAGGUGAGGGCUGGGCGGCAAGAGGUGAGGGCUGGGCGGCAAGAGGUGAGGGUUGGGCGGCAAGAGAUGAACGUUGGGCGGCGAGAGGGUGGGAAGGUUGUUGUGGAACACACUGAAGCCACCACAGCAGAGCAGCAGCAGCAGCUUCAGCAGCAACAACAGCAGGAGGAAGAGGAGGCAGGGAGGCAGGAGGAGGGUGCAUACGACCCGCUAUCAGAAGCAGACAAGGAGGAGACAGAGGUGCUCAUGUACUGCACGGGGGGCAUCCGCUGUGACGUGUACUCCGCACUGCUCAGACAGCAGGGCUUUAAACGUCUCUACACCCUUGAGGGCGGCGUCGCCCGGUACAUGCGCGAGCAGGGCGGCGACCACUGGAACGGGCGGCUUUUUGUGUUUGACUCGCGGCUGGCUGUGCCGCCCAGGGAUUACCAGGUCGGGGGGAAGGUGUUGCGGGCUGCGGAGGAGGAGGGGGUGGAGAGGGUUGGGGAGGUGCUGGGUGAGGUGUUGGGGGGGAUGAUGGGGGCGGUGGAAGGGGAGGAGGAGGAGAGUGUGGGGUGUCAGAGGUGUGGAGGGCGGUUGGAGGAGGUGAAGCAUCGCAACUGCGCCAACUCGGACUGCAACGCCCUCAUUCUAGUCUGCUGCUCGCUCAAGCCACGAGGGGUGCGCUCAAGCCCCCAGAGUCUGGGGGCACCGAGUGCUCUACUGCUCAUUAUCUCACCUCACUUCUCCUUGUCUCUCCCCACCCUCCCUUUCCCCCCCCACUCUAUCCCUCAGAGUCUACUUCGCAUAGUCUGCUCCGCAUGUGCUCAAGCCAUGAAUGGCGCCUGCAGCACCGAGUUCUGCUCCACGUGUGCCCAAGCUAUGAAUGGCGCCUGCAGCACAGAGUGUGCUGCUGCUCCUCGCCUGCGCCCCUUCCUCGCCCGCCCAGAGCCCUACCAGCGACUGCACACCUACCUGCCCACCGCCCCCCCUCCUCGCCUCCCGGGGUACGUGUCCCGCCGCGCCCUCAAGCGAAGAGCGCGUAAGGCCAGACGCCUUGCAGCAGCGGAGGGGGGUGAGGGGCAGGGGGCAGGAGAGGGAAGGGAGGAGGGUCAAGAGAUGGGUCGGGGCCAGGAGGUGGAGGUAGCUGCUUAA